CGUGUCAAGGCGAGGAGCAACUCUACACGGGGGCCAAAAAGACGGGGAAAUUCAUGAGAUUUCGACACAAGAGUUGAAAAGGUGUAGAAUUGUGGCAAACUGGUGAUGCUGAAAAAGGGGGAGUUAGUUUGGUUGGACUCUGACAUCGGGGUGCCCAUAGGAGCCAGGGUCAAAGUAACGCCGAGUGGUCAGCGUUUGUUGGUGGAUGAUGCGGGAAAGGAGCACAGACUGGCCCCGGAGGUGGAGGCCUCCCUCAAGAUUAUGCACCCCACAUCCGUGGAGGGGGUGGACGACAUGAUCAAGCUGGGGGACAUGACGGAGGCCGGCGUGCUGAGAAACCUGCUGCUGCGCCACAAGAAAGGAAUCAUUUAUACUUACACAGGCUCCGUGCUGGUGGCAGUGAACCCGUACCAAUUUUUCCCCAUAUAUGCAAACGACCAGAUGCGACUGUACCGUGGUAAAAAGCUCGGGGAGCUCCCUCCGCAUAUCUUUGCCAUCGCUGAAUCCUGCUACUUCAACAUGAAACGCCAUCGCAGGAACCAGUGCUGCAUCAUCAGUGGAGAGUCUGGAGCAGGAAAGACUGAGAGCACCAAGCUGAUCUUACAGUACUUGGCAGCAGUCAGCGGUGAACUCUCUGAACGGCAGAUUGAACAGCAGAUCCUGGAGUCCAACCCCAUAUUGGAAGCUUUUGGCAACGCAAAGACCAUCAGAAAUGACAACUCCAGUCGCUUUGGGAAAUAUUUGGAGAUCUUCUUCAACGAGGGUGGAGUGAUCGAAGGGGCCCGAGUGGAGCAGUACUUGCUGGAGAAGUCUCGCGUCUGCCGUCAGGCCCAGCAGGAGCGAAACUACCAUGUGUUCUACUGCAUGCUGGCAGGAAUCACAGCAGAGGAGAGGAAACGUCUGCAUCUUUGCAACGCAAAGGAUUACGAAUUCCUUACCAGGGGGGACUGCAUCACAUGUGAAGGAAGGAACGACGCGGAGGACUUCAGUCGUAUUCGGACUGCCAUGAAAAUUUUGACAUUUUCAGAGGAGCAGUGUUUCGAGAUUUUCAAGCUCCUUGCAGCUAUUUUACACCUGGGCAAUGUCUCCUUUGAAGCCAACACACAACAUAACAUGGAAACCAGCGAUGUCAGCAAGUCGGAACAUUUCAGCAUUACAGCAUCACUACUAGAGGUUGAGAUGUCUUCUCUGGCCAACAGUUUGACCCAUCGUUCCUUGAGGACCAACAGAGAGAGGGUGACCAAACCCCUGGACUGCGAUCAAGCCUCGGCAAGCAGAGACGCAUUUGUCAAGGCGAUCUACAAUAAACUCUUCAUAUGGAUCGUUGGGAAAAUCAACAGUGUUACCUACAAGAAACUCGCCGACAACCCCAAGUCUACUUUUCUCUCUGUCGGCUUGCUUGACAUAUUCGGCUUUGAGAACUUCCAAACAAAUAGUUUCGAGCAGUUAUGCAUCAACUUUGCCAACGAGAAGCUGCAGCAGUUCUUUGUGGGACACAUUUUCAAGCUGGAGCAGAAGGAAUAUCUGAAAGAAGACAUCGUGUGGAAGAACAUCAACUUUGGUGACAACCUGAAGAUUCUGGCCCUUCUGGCCGGGAAGCCAUGUAACCUGCUGGCUCUGAUCGAUGAGGAAAGCCAUUUCCCAAAGGGCUCCGAUGUCACAAUGCUCAGCAAGAUGAAUCAGCAGCACCAUGGAGACAAAACCUUCAUCGCCUCCAAGAGCGAACACGACACAGACUUUGGGAUUCGCCAUUUUGCAGGCAGCGUUUAUUACGACUCCAAAGGCUUCCUUGAGAAGAACCGAGAUGCUGUAAGCGCUGACAUAUUCAAGACGGUGGAGAUUUCCACCAACAAGCUGCUUCGGCAGAUCUUUGUGUCAGAGCUGUCAAUCAAUGGGGUGAAGACGACGACAAACAAGAAGAUCAUCAUGACACCUAAGAACUCUAUGCGGUCCCCGGCUGACAACCGCAAACAAGUGCCGACCUUGAGCGGUCAGUUCCGUCAGUCUCUGGACGCCCUCAUGAAGGCUCUGUCGGUCUGCCAGCCGUACUUCAUCCGCUGCUUCAAACCCAACAACGACAAGCAGUCUGAGAACUUUGACCGGGAGCUCUGUAUGCGCCAGCUGCGAUACUCCGGCAUGAUGGACACCAUCCGCAUCAGGAAACUGGGCUAUCCCAUUCGCCACACCUUCGAGGAAUUCCUGAGCCGCUACAGGGUGCUCCUGAAGAUUGUCGACUGCGACCCCAAAACUAACACAGCUGCUGCCUGUUGUGAUGCCAUCUGCCAGAGAGCAAUUAUAGCAUCCGACGAGUGGAAAAUUGGAAAAAACAAGAUUUUCCUGAAGGAUGCCCAUGACGCCACUUUGGAACGCUUGCGGGAGGAAGAAUUCAACAAGAAAGCUAUUGUGAUCCAGCGGGUCAUGCUGGGCUACGGACACAGAAAGUCUUUUUUGAAGAAGCGGAGGGCUGCUGUGGUGAUACAGAAAAACUGGAGAGCUUACAGGGAAAACAAAAUCCAAAGAACGCUCCGGCAAGGCUUUGAACGCCUGGUGUCAAAGGUUCGUGGUCGGAUGCUUCAGUCCCAGUUUCGAGGGAAGCGAGCGGCGGCACUGACUUUACAGACUCACGUACGAGGUUACCAGGCGAAGAAGGGCUGGAAGCAGAAGAGAGAGGCAGUCAUUCUCCUGCAGGCCUACACCAGAGGAUUCCUGGCUCGAAAAGUAUAUCAGGGAAUGAAGGUUAACCGCUCGCUGUCACCAGAGGAGCACGAGGACGGGAUCGCCUUUGAGCUUCAGCGUCAACUCGAAGAAGUCGUCGCUGAGGCUCAGCAAUCUGACGAGGAGCCCGAGGCGGCGGCGGCUGCAAAGGAAGGCGACCACGUGCUGCCUACACCUGUUGAGCUUCAGCGUCGACUCGAACAAAUCGUCGCUGAGGCUCAGCAAUCUGACGAACAGCCGGUGGCCGCGGACGAAGACGACGACGUGCUGCCUACACCUCUUGUGCAAAUUAUAGUCCACGAAGCAUUUGACUCGGAGAAGUCCGACACCGCAUCUCAAAUAAGCAUCCCGGCCUCAAGCGUAGCAACCCCGACCCCAUCGUUUGAAGAGGAAGAAGAAGAAGAAGAUGGCUUUGAAGACUUCACAGAUGAGUUCUCAUUCUACCAGUUCAGCAUUCUUCACUUCAAGGGUGACGCCAGCCACACCCACAUCCAGCACAGACUCCACAAGCCUCUUCUGCAGCAUGACGAUGAAGCCGACACUUUGGCGUGUCUGACCGUGUGGUGGAUCAUACUGCGCUUCAUGGGGGACCUGCCUGAGCCCAAAUCCCAGGACGCCCUCUCGCAGGUCUCGCUCAGCGUCUCCCGCCAUCUGCCCAGCAGACAAGGCAGGAGGCUGAGCAACCUGGUGGGACUCGACCAGAAAAUACUGAGGAAGAACAAGAAAAAGUUUGGAAACCGAAGAGCAUCGGCUAUCCCCGAGGAGCCUGACGACUUUGCAGAGGAUGAGGGUGUUUUAAUUGGAGAAGGUCCUACACUAUCCAGGCCGCUUUCCUCCCUUGAAAAACUGCACAUUAUUGUUGGAUUUGCUCUGUCCAGACGAGACAUAAGGGAUGAGAUUUACUGUCAGAUCUGCAAGCAGCUGUCCAGCAACAAAAACAGAACAAGCUGUAUACAAGGAUGGAGACUGCUCUCCAUCUGUCUGGGGAUCUUCCCCCCGACAGAGCUCUUCAUGAAGUAUUUGGAGAAGUUUGUCCGCAAGGGGCCAAAUGGUUAUGGAGAAUAUUGUAGUAAGCUCCUGCAGCGCAUUCGAGCCAAUGGAGAGAGGAAAGAGCUGCCUUGCUGGAUCGAAUUACAGGCGGUCAAAUCCAAGAAGCCCAUGGAAAUGACGGUGACUCUGACGGACGGCAGCGACGUCACCUUGCAGCUGGACUCGGCCUCCACCUCUGCGGAGGUCUGUCAAGCCGUGGCUGACAGGAUUAACCUGCGUGACACAUACGGCUUCUCCCUCUACAUUCGCUUCUUUGAGAAAAUGUGGUCCCUGGGCAGCUGCGGGAGGCACGUGUUGGACGCCGUGUCCCAGUGCGAGCAGGAGAUGAGGAGGCAGGGCAAGGAGGAGAGGGACACGCCCGUGAAACUCGCCAUCCGCAAGGAGCAGUUCACGCCCUGGCACGACUGUUCCAAAGACGCCAUCAGCACGGAUCUCAUCUACAAGCAGAUCACGCAGGGCAUCAAGUCGGGGGAGUACACCAGCGAGAAGGAGGAUGAAUACAUCCAUCUCGCAGCCAAGCACUAUUACAUCCAGUUUGGCUCCGCCUACAGCAAGGAGAACAUGCAAAAGGUGGUGGAGGACUGCAUCGCCACCCCUCUCAUCGAAAACAAGUCCAUGGGAAAAUGGAUCCAACUCAUCAGCACAGCACACUUAGAGGGCCCUUACAGCAAUAGUAGCAUCAGCAAAGACAUCGUGAAAGGAGAACUCGUCGACAGCGCUCGGGAGAAAUGGGCGGUCGACUUCUCCAAGUUUUUUGAAGUGACAAUGAUGUCAGGACCGCCUUUGCCCAAAAGCAGGUUCAUUGUGGCAGUCAACUGGAGUGGCAUCUUGUUCAUGGACGGAAAAGAAAAGAAGCUUCUAGAGCUGCCUUACCUGGAGGUCAACCAAGUCCACAAGUUAAGCGACGGCCCUGCCAGUAACCAGUCGAUAAGUGUAUCCACGGUCCGAGGGGAAUUUGUUCUAAAGUGUGGGGAAGCUGAUGACUUGGUUGCAGUUGUGGAGCAAAACCUGAGUGGACUGCGAGGCCGUUCAAUAUUUGCGCUGGCUCAGCAGGAUUCCAAUAAAUCAGAUGACCCUGGGUUCUUGGUGUUUAAACGAGGCGACCUCCUGGUGAUAGAGAAGGAUCAAAAGUAUUCCUCUGACAAGAACACGGUGGAAGCGACUAAUCAGAAGACAAACAACGCGGGUGUUGUCGAUAAGGACGCGUUGCAGUUUCUUCCAACUCUGAGUAGACCCACUGAUGAAAUGCUGGAACUGCUCAGCCCAGGCCACCAGCAAUCUGUGACACAAAGUGGGCCCCAGAGAGAAGAAACUGUGGCUCCAAUCUCUUUAAGAGAGUUUGCGCUCGACAAUUUCAGGCUUCUCGGAAAAGAGAGGUUGUGGGUAUGCUCCAAAGAAAUCAUGAAGCAGCCGCUGCUGAAGAACCUGGUCCGCAACUCCGAGCUCAGCUACCUCGCCUGCAACGCCUUCACUGCUAUCCUGAAGUACAUGGGCGACUACGCCAUCAAGCAGAUCCGCAGUCCGGUCGAGUUGACGGACCAGAUCUUUGGCCCGGCCACCCAACACAAAGAUCUGCAGGAUGAGAUCUACUGUCAGAUCAUGAAGCAGAUGAGCAGCAACAACAACAGGCUGAGCAUGGAGCGCGGGUGGCAGCUGAUGUGGUUGUGCACGGGCUUGUUCCCGCCCGGUCAGUAUUUGAUGAGACACACUCGCCGUUUCGUCGAGUCCCGACCCAAAGAGCUUUUGGCUUCGGGAUGUCUGCAGAGGCUCCAGGAGAUGCGCAGCAAGGAGCCCAGGAAGCAUCCUCCGCAUCUGGUAGAAGUGGAUGCCAUCCAGCAAAACAGCAGGCACAUUUUCCAUAAGAUCCACUUCCCCAAUGACUCCAAUGAUUUAAUCGAAGUGACGUCUACAACUACAAUCCAAGACCUGUGCGGCAGCAUUGCCACUCAACUCAAACUGAGCUCGCCCGAUGGCUAUGGCCUGUAUUUGAAAACAUCACAUAGGGUGCUGAGCUUGAAUGAGCAGAAAUAUUUCUUUGACAGUUUAAGGGAGACUUCCGAAGCCCCUAAGAAAGGGAAAAAAGUGAGAGAAGGCAACAUAACCAACACGCCCUAUCUGGUGAUUUUUAAGAGGAAGCUCUGGUUCAACGUGAUCCCAGGCAAGGACUGGGUGGCGGACCUUACCUUCCAUUUCCCGCAGGAACUGCCCAAGUACCUGCGCGGGUACCACAAAUGCAGCAAAGAGGACAUGAUCAAACUGGGCGGGCUGCUCUUCAGAGUCAAGGUGGACUCUGACAGAUCGCAGUUCAUCAUGAUCCCCAAAAUGCUGGCGGAGCUGAUCCCCGCCGACCACGUCCGAAGCGUAUCCCCGGAAGAAUGGAAGAAGCACAUCAUUUCUUCCUACAACAAGCAAAGUGGUAUCACGGUGCAGGAAGCCAAGAUUGCUUUCCUGCAAGCCAUCUGCAGCUGGCCCACCUUUGGCUGCGCCUUCUUUGAAGUGAAACAAACUUGUGAAUCCAAAUUCCCAAGUACGGUUUACAUCGCCAUCAGCAAGCAAGGUGUGAGUCUAAUAAACCCAAAGUCAAAGGAGUUGCUGGUCAUGCAUCAGUUCAGCCGCAUCACCGAGUGCCACAGUGUGGGCGACUACUUCCAGAUGACGGUCGGUGCCCAGGCGAGAGGCAACGUCUUCGUCUGUGAAACCGCACAGGGUCACACCAUGGAGGACCUGGUCAGAUCGUACGUGGGCAUGUACGAGAGGCAGAGGCAGGCGUUCCGAUCAAGAAACCACAUGUUCACUUGAUUCGCCGUCCACGCCAAAACAUCAACAAGAUAGGAAUAUUUAAUGUUUCGUUCUGUCAACUCAUUGUUCUCUUUGCCGUCACUGAAAUUUAUACUUUAGAAAAAUUUAGCUGCUCCUGAAUAGAAUAACCAAAGCCAUAAAUUAUAUAUAACAAUAAAUAUGUAUCUUCACACUUUCAUCACGUUUCCAUCACUUCAACUGACCCAAUUAUUUAUUCAUAUACUCAUCACUGUACUAAAAACAUACACAGUCGUGUCUCGCCGCAUCGCACAUUUAAAAAAAGGCUGGCAGCGCUUCAUAGCAGCAGUCGACCUCCAGGGUCCCAACUCCCCGCCCCUCUGUUGCGAGUUGUCGUGAUUAAAUGUAACGUGUUUAUGUGUGCAUGGCUUGGAGGUUUUCCCCCCACUCCAGACUAGGCCCCCUUAGGAGCCCAGUCUAGAUUGUAUUUUUUUACUCAUCUUUUUCCCCAGCGUUUUACCUUUUUCUUAUCUUUUACGGGGCGCCUUUGGCGACUCAUCAGCGUUCCUGUU